GCCGGGCAAACAGCCUACCUCCAAAUUCAAACCUCAUAUUUAAUCAACUUUUCUGAAGUGUCCCGAGGUUUCCAGGACCAUGUAGUUCGACCUUCAGUUAAACACCAACCUGUUGUGAAGAUGAUUCAGGGCUCCUGCAUUGUUUUCACUGCUGUCAGAUUAGAGUUUGAAAGCGUCUGACACAAAUUGCUACUGCAUUGCUCAAUGUUUCAAGGAGACCCAGGGAAGUAAGUCUCUCCUCAUAGGAGAGACUAAAAUGCAUGUUAUGAAUUGUCUCUCCUUGGUCAAUGAUAAAGAAAAUGGGGCUAUUUCAGUUGCAACUGGAUUAAUGAUUGAAGAUACAACAACAGAACCAGUGCCGCCGCCGCCUCCAGCACCGCCAUUGCCUCCACCAUGUUCAGUCACAAGUGCUGGUUUUACACCUCCACCACCCGGGGUGCCGCCGCCACCACCACCUCCUCCUCCUCCAGGACCAAGCCCACCUGCUCCGCCACAGUUUAUAAAUGGGCAUGGCCCCCACAGCAAAAAAAAACGGAUGCGGAGUUUCUUCUGGAAAACAAUUCCUGAAGAGCAAGUCCGCGGUAAAACAAAUAUCUGGACUAUUGCUGCAAGACGGCAGCAGUUUCAGAUUGACACAAAAACAAUUGAAGAGCUUUUUGGGCAGCAAGAGGAAACCAACCCUCAGGGGCUCAGAAGGCGAACUUCAAAAUCAUCAUUUAAAGAUACUAAAGAAGAGAUUUCCAUUUUGGAUUCAAAAAGAAGUAUGAAUAUUGGGAUAUUUCUCAAACAAUUCAAAAAGCCUGCUCAAUCCAUAAUUGAAGAUAUUAAUCAAGGAAAAAGUGAUCCCUAUGGGUCUGAGAUGCUGCGUGAAUUCCUUAAAUUAUUGCCAGAAGCAGAGGAGGUAAAGAAAUUAAAAGCCUUUGAUGGAGAUGUAGCAAAACUGUGUCAAGCUGAUUACUUUAUGUAUUUACUAAUCCAGGUGCCAAACUAUUCUCUUCGGAUUGAAGCUAUGGUGCUAAAGAGAGAAUUCACACCUUCUUGUACUUCUCUGCAGAAAGACAUGGCAAUUAUAAGAACAGCUACCAAAGAGUUAAUGUCAUGUGAAGAACUACAUUCCAUAUUACACUUGGUCCUUCAAGCUGGGAAUAUUAUGAAUGCAGGGGGUUAUGCUGGCAAUGCAGUUGGCUUUAAACUCUCGUCAUUGCUCAAGCUGGCAGACACAAAAGCAAACAAACCUGGGAUGAAUCUGCUGCAUUUUGUUGCUUUGGAAGCACAAAAGAAAGAUGUGGUUCUUCUAACCUUUUCAGAAAAAUUACAGCAUGUUCAUGAUGCAGCCAGAUUAUCCAUUGAUAAUAUAGAAGCAGAACUUCAUUCUCUAUCUGCCAAGACAAGAUCUCUUAAAGAAAAUAUUCGACAGGACCCAGGACUCUUUCAUCAGAUGGAAGGUUUUAUCCAGUUCGCUGUAAAAGAACUAAAAGAACUAGAAUACUGGAAACGAGAAUCACAGGAGCAAGGAAAUACGCUUAUUGACUUUUUCUGUGAAGACAAAGAAACCAUGAAACUGGAUGAGUGCUUCCAGAUAUUCAGGGACUUCUGCAUAAAGUUCAACAAGGCUGUUAAGGAAAAUAGGGAACGAGAGAGUCAAGAAAUUCACCAACUGCAGAGAUUAAGGGAGCUGGAGGAAAAGCGCCAAUCCUGGGCUGCUGGAGAGCUUGGGAGCUUUGGGAGAAGUAGCAGUGAAAAUGAUGUUCAGACAUUGGCUAAAAAAGGACUAGAGGAUUUUCUACCUUUGUUGCGGCAGAGACCUCAAAGUCCUUUGAAUAGAAACCCGAGCACUAGGCGCUCCCGACUGUCCUUAGGGAUUACUGCAGAGAGAGAGCUUCUGACUUUCCUGGAAAUCUCCAAGGAUGAGAAUCCAAAUAAAUUCAACAGCCUUCCUCGUGCAAACACACGACAAGCAAGACCCAGCAUAGCCUUGACUGAAUCCAAAGAGCCUAGAGAUCUCAGUUUAAAUAAUUUGAAUUUUCACCAGGCAUCUGAAACCAAAAUGGAUAGCGCAGAUCUGUCUCAGUUGCCUUCAGCUCAACCCAGUCAUUUACAGGACAUGGAGGUGAGCUGUACCAGUACUAACCUCUGUCACUCCGAAAAGAAUACCGACAACAGUCAGCACAGGUCUAGUGUGCCUGGUGUGCAAGCAACAGAUGUAAAUGCUUUGGCCCUUGCUUUUGAGGAAUGUAAAGUUGUUAAAGGACUAUAUAAGUCUGAUAUCCAAGGAACAAAACCUAUGGAAGACAUAUCUUUAAUAAACUUGGAGGAUGUUGGUGCAGCAGACUUAGAGACUCUAGACGACUUGAGCUUGCACUCCCUCAGCACUGCGGAUAAUGAUGAUCCAGUGCCCUCUUACAAAAGUUCCAGAGAGGCCGAUGAUUGUCAAGCCAAGGUGGGAAGCUGCAAAAAUGAAGUUUCCGAGCAUACCAGUAGUGGCCCCACAUCUAUGGAUACAAGUCUUUCUGGCAGUAAAGAACAUGGGCCAACGUUCUAUAUAUCUGAUACUACUGAUUGUUCUCUGACUUUCGACUGUUCAGAAGGAAAUGAUUUAAAAUUAGUGGGCGAUGAAGUGAAAGAGCAAGAUGGCAGAGCUUACUCUUGUGCAAAUGAUGCUCAAGAUGGCAGUAGUACAGUUGCCUCAAAUCUGAAUUCAUCCUCUGCAAAGGAAAUGUCUCUUCAUGCUUCCUUAAAUGACAAAGAGGACUCCAGCAGCAAGCACAGCUUUCCUAAGGAAAAGCCUGUAAAAUGUAGAGAAUCCUUAGGACCAAAGAGAAACUCUCUAAAAGAUAGAUCUCUAAACUCCUCAAAAUCCAGUGGCACUCGCCCUACCCAGACAGUUACUGCCAGACCAAUAAGAACUUUGAAUGCAUCUGAAAAUGUGAGUAUGAGAAAAGUGGUGCCCAUUUCCAGGUCAAACAAAGCACCAAGCAGUCUGAAAAAGCCAGAAGCCAAACCAGCACUUCGAGAGGCCAGUACAGCUGAAACACAACUGUCACAUCGCAACGCUAUCCGAGGCACAACAGAAACCCUUCCAAGAACUGCUUACAGGCAUAGCUUAUCAGUAGAGGAGCCAAAAUUACAGCGAGGGACUGCAACUUCCAGCAGUGCCCAUUUUGAGAGGGACCAAAUUCAGCGCAAGGGCUCUCUUAAAGUGCCAGGUUCUAAAUCUGUCAGAGGUAUUCCCAAAUCAAAACCAGAUGAAAGUAAGAUUUGUCGCUCCACUGUAAAACCCCAGGCCCCUCCAGAUACUAACAAAAGCAUGACAGCAAGUGCUCCCAAGCCACCCUCCUCUAUACCAAACUUUGCAAGGAACACAGUGGCCUCUUCCUCAAGGAGUGCAAAGGUGGAUCUACCUAACUCUUCGAAAACUCCAAGCAUCACAAGGUCAGUGUCUCAGAGGCUACCUAGAAUGAGGCCAGCAGCAAACUCUGACCUCUUCCCCAAGGAGAAUACUGGAAACUUCCUAAAACGAGCAAGUAGUGCUAAAGUUCUCAAAAGGAACACAGAUCAUAGUGAUAUUCUCAGUGUUAAAGUGGAACCUACAGCAAAGGAACAAGGUAUAAUGGACAAGUCAUCCCUUAAAUUGAAGGAGGCAAACCGGACCACAAUAGGGAAGAUAUUUAAACCAUUAUUGAAAUAAGGGUUUGGGCUUUUUGACAUCUUGGCAUAUGAACACAUGUUUAAGCACUGGAUGUCUUGUGAAAUAUCCAAAACAGUAAUAUCACUAUUUAAUAACAUCUCCUGCUAUGUAAUGUACAGUACACCAUCAGAGGACAGCAACUACUUUUGUUCUGGUCUUCAUCCUGUAAGCAUGAAUUUGAAUGUAUUUAAUGUUACUGUGGUGGAGUACAAAUGCCACAAAUUUUUUAUGCAUUUGUGGUAUAGUACAUUGCUAAAAAACAAACCUGAAGGAAUUUAAAACUACCAAUUGAAAUUAUUUUGUGACAUGAGAAGAAGAAAAAAAGAGGAGGGGGUAAUGGCCAGUUUUUGUAUACAGGAGCUUUUUUUU